AUGGAGAAACACAAUCUCUCACUGGUGCAUGAGUUCAUUCUGAUGGGCAUCACCUCACGCCCUGAUCUGCAGGCUCCACUGUUUGGGCUCUUCCUUAUCAUCUACCUGUUCACAGUGCUGGGCAACUUGGGCAUGAUCAUCCUCACCAAGGUGGACCACAGUCUACAAACACCCAUGUACUUCUUUCUCAGAAACCUGGCUCUCACCGAUCUUGGUUACUCUACAGCUGUGGGCCCCAAAAUGUUGGUGAAUUUUGUUUCAGAUAAAAAUACAAUUUCCUAUUACUUUUGUGCGACCCAGCUAACCUUCUUUCUUUUUUUCAUUGGAAGUGAACUUUUUAUUCUUUCUGCAAUGGCCUAUGACCGUUAUGUGGCCAUCUGUAACCCUCUCCUCUACACUGUCAUCAUGUCACAAAAGGUUUGUCAUGCCCUGGUGACAAUCCCCUAUCUCUACUGCUCAUUUGUGUCUCUUCUAGUCACCUUAAAGAUUUUUACCUUACCAUUCUGUGGCUACAAUAUCAUCAACCAUUUCUACUGUGAUUGUGUUCCCUUGAUAUCUUUGCUAUGCUCAGAUACUCUUGAUGUUGAGCUAAUAAUCAUGAUCUUUGCAGCUUUUGAUUUGAUUUCCUCUCUUCUGUUUGUCCUUGUGUCCUACCUGCUCAUCCUUCUAGCCAUUCUCAGGAUGAAGUCUGCUGAAGGCAGGCGAAAGGCUUUCUCCACCUGUGGAUCACACCUGACAGCGGUUACAGUGUUCUAUGGGACUUUGAUAUUCAUGUAUGUGCAGCCCAAGUCCAGUCAUUCCUUUGACACUGAUAAAAUGACUUCAAUAUUUUACACUCUGAUUAUCCCCAUGCUGAAUCCCUUGAUCUACAGCUUGAGGAAUAAAGAUGUAAAACACGCCUUACAAAGCACAUGGAAAAAGAUCAGAUAUGUUAUUUCUUAA